GAAAAGCUCCUAUGUAGGUACUUCAUCAUGAGUUAUGAUGUAUGUGAUGUUCCUGCGCCACACCCACUAAAUCUCCAGCCACAAUGACAUCACAUCUACAAUACACUGUAGAUCUUCAACGCAUGCCAGAUCAAAUCAGCGUCUAGAGUCUAGACUCUAGACUCAAUGUAAAGUAAAUCUUCUCCCACGAAAAGGGGUCAAUUGAACUAACACGCCAACCAUACAAAGACAUCUCCUUCCGCCCACAUAUAUCCGCCCUCGGGAACGCGAAUCAAGCCAACUUUCCUUUUCCGGGCCGCGCCUUACCCUCUUCCCGUCCCGCUCCCAUUCAACCUCCAAUCCCACCCCCUUGCAAACCAUACCCACAAAUCCACGCGUAUGCAAGAUUACAUCGCCCUUCCGAUGCACCUCGAUGUCUCACCACAGAGCAGGCAUGGCAAUCUCAAGAAAUCGAUUAGUCAAGCAAUGCGAUUGUGAUGACGUAUUGAGACUCCCGAUGAGAGAUCCCAUGUCGUGAUGUUGAUCCCCUAAACCGAUCAAUGCUUAAAGCGGGGUAGCUCCCAUAGCACCAGUUACCUUGUUUUGUCCACAACAACACAUGCUUGCUUUCCAUGACAUGUUGACUUUGUUUAUUUAAACCGUUUCACUGUUCAAACUGUUCUACGAUCAUCUAGAUACUUUCUUCCCUUCUUACUCCAACUAAACUUUGAGUCAAGAAAACAAGCUCUACAAUCAAAGCUCCAAUCCCAAUAUCAACCCUCAAUUUUCAAACACAACUUCACCACAACCCACCCCAAAAUGUCUUUCAGCAACGCAGAUACCGGUGCCAAAGAGGCCGAUCCAUACAAGUCCAAGAACAUCGACACUCCCACUUUGAAAGAGAAAGUUGAGGACCUGAAUGAAUUCAUCGAUGCGUGUAAAUUCGGCAUGAUGACUACGAGAGAUGGAAAGACGGGCGCGUUAGUGAGCAGAUGUAUGGCUGUUGCUGCCAAGGAAAAUGGAGGAACCACUCUUCUCUUCCACACCAAUACCGAAUCGGGAAAGACCGACGACUUGGCUACCGAUUCCCACAUCAACAUCUCAUUCCUGAAUUCUUCAGGCGAAUGGGCUUCUGUUUCCGGACUCUCCAGCGUAGAAACCGACCGGGAAACCGUCAAGAAAUACUACUCCCCCGCCCUCAAAGCCUGGCUCGGCGAUCUCGGCGAUGGAACCCACGAUGGCGGACCCAACGAUCCUCGUAUCGGCGUUAUCAAGGUCGAAGCCAAGACGGCGACGUAUGCCGUUGUGCGCAAGAGUAUAUUGGCGCGCGGAGCCGAGAUUGCACAGGGUGUCAUUACAGGCAAGGCGGCGAGUGUGAAUAAGUUGAGGGAGAUUAGUGAGAGUGAGAUUCAAACGUGGAAGACUAGCCAGGGAAUGGUUCAAUAAAUUAAAUGGGGAGAUGAGUUUUCUGAUCCUGUGGUUAGGGACAGACUGUAUUAUGAAUAAUGCUAUCAAUUAAUUAAUCAUUUGCAAUGCGAGGUAGCUUCUAAGUUAA